GUUUUAUAUUUGCGUCGAAUGGAAUCAAAAUGCCUCUCAGCAUCAACUGUUUGGCGGAAAAGAGCAUGAAGAGAGAGUGAUAUUGAGUUGUUGGGUAAUGUAACAGUCGUGUUUAAGGCGGUGAAGCGAAGCACUGCGGUUAUAUUUAGUAGCGGUGGCAGACAGGCUGUCGCAGGGCAUUUAACUGGAGUGCAUUCCUAAACAGACUUUGAGGGAGAGUUCCAAUGGACCCAUGAAGAAGUCCAUGAGAGAAAAGGCCAUCGAAAGACGCAACGUCAACAAAGAGCAUAACAGUAAUUUUAAAGCAGGAUAUGUUCCAAUUGAAGAGGAGCGUCUCCACAAAACUGGACUCAGGGGACGGAAGGGCAACAUGGCAGUCUGCAUCAUCGUCCUCCUCUUCCUCCUGGCAUUGAUUAAUCUCAUUAUCACACUUGUGAUAUGGACUGUGAUCCGGAUCGGCCCAAAUGGGUGUGACAGUAUGGAGUUUCAUGAGAGUGGCCUGCUGCGCUUCAAGCAGAAGGCAGACAUGGGCAUCGUCCAUCCUCUGCACAAGAGUACAAUAGGAGGGCGUAAGGAUCAGGACCUGGUCCUGGUCGGCAACAACAACCCGGUGGUGUUCCAACAGGGCACAACUAAGUUGAGCGUGGAGAAGGACAAGACGUCAGUGGUCAGCGAUCUGGGGAUAUCGUUCACAGACCCUCGUACACAAAACACUUUCUUCAGCACCGACUAUGAAAACAAUGAGUUCCAUUUGCCCAAAGGAGUCAAAGUCCUCAGCGUCAAAAAGGCAUCCACGGAAAGGAUCACAAGCAGUGCAACAAUGGAUUUGAACAUUAAAGGUGACAGCAAAGCCAUAAUCCGCGGCAAUGAGGGAGUCAAUAUCAUGGGCCGCACCGUAGAGUUCAAAGUGGGGGGAGGCAUAGAGCUCAGAGCGGAAAACAGCAUUGUCCUCAACGGGUCGGUCAUGUUUAACGCCACGCGUAUCCCGAACUCCGCUGGUGAUGUGUAUUUUGACGAGGGUCUUGAGAGGUACAAACUCUGCAUGUGUGCAGAUGGUACUCUGUUCCGUGUACAGGUGAAGUUCCCCAACAUGGGCUGCCAGACAUCAGACAACCCUUGUCGAAAAGCUCACUAGCAAACAUGUCAGUACAGCAUGAAGAAACUCCACAUGCCUUUACUUUAUCUUUUAAUUCUCUUUGCCAAACUGGAAUAAUGUUUUGAACUAUUGCCACUUAGCCAAAGAUGUUAAUUUGACAAAUAACUUGUGUUUUUCACACCACUGUAGCUGACAUUUGAUGGCCUAGCCUUGCAGUAUUCAGCUUCAUUGCCGUCCAGUAUUCAUGCAAACCUCACUGAGAGGAGAUUGAUAUUUUCUACACUUGUUUUUGGCAGCUGUGUGUGUGAUUUUGCCACCAUCGUGUUUACAGGCAAGUGUGUAAAAUGUUCAUAGUUGUGUAUGUUUUCUGCUGAUAAAUGCACACGAGGGCACAAAUAUGCUUGUGCCAAAAUUAUAUAUGAUAUCUCACAUAUGUUUAAUGCUUUGUUUGUGCAAACGCCUUUAAAAAUUGUAUGUGGACAACAACACAGAGACUGUUGUUGCGUAAUUAUGGAUGAAAAUGUUGUGUAACUAAUAAGGGGUUCUUCAUUGGCGAGUGACUCCCAGCCAACCUUUCAUGACGCUUAUUUGAGUGGAAGACUGUUGAAGUGGUUUGGAUUUUGUGCAAUAUCUAUAUUAUUCUUCGCCUUGUGUGUUUUUAAUGAGUUUUCUUUGUAAACAAAAUAAAAUGCAGUCUUUUUAAGGUCAAACUUGAUGCCUCUUGUGAGAUAACUUUUGCUGAUCAAGGAAAAAAUGAAUGGCUUUUAUUUAUUAAGUUAAGCAACAUUUCACUGUUUUGUUUGAAUAAAGCUGAAAUUCUUCUGCCAUGGUUUGUUUUUGGUCAACGUUCCCUGUGUUCACAUGGCCCUCAAUGGUCAUAAACCUGUGUCAAACUCGACUAUCUCCCUUUUAUUGUCUAAUAGAAUGUAACUUUGGGCUUGGCUGCUUCUCGUCAUAAAUGUUAGGGAUG